AUGCAGACACCACACAUGGACCCCCGCGAUCUGUCGCGGUUUCAUGUUCAGAGCUCAGAUGUCAUAUCUGACAUGCGAGUGAACGUGUCGGAGGAAGGCUCAGAUAAGGAAAGAUUCCUCGCAGACGAGGAGAUCAUUGAGCACCUUGUUGAAAAUGCUUCGUCAACCAUACUAUGGACGAUCCACCGUCCGAAACGCGGGUGGUAUAUCCGCCUGAGCACGCCGUCCUUCCCACCCGGCAUGUUCAUCCCGCUCCUCCCCCUCCCUCAGACGUCCCCAUAUCAUGCCGAUUCUGCGCUCACCUUCGCGUGCCGGACGAACCCGCCAUCGUAUUCACUUAGCACCACGCCACGGACGGCGUUCUCUGACUCGGCCCGCGACUCAAUGGACUCGGAUAUUACAGUCACAGAAGGCCCGCGCGAGGCCGUGCACUCAUAUCCUCCAACGCCGCCCCCUCAGACACCCAUUGUAGUCGUGCGGCCUCCCUCGCCAACCGCUGUGCAGGCAAAGCUUGAAGAGAUCGCACCCUCGCCAUCCUCAUCGUCGGCACCAAUGAAGCGAUUGAAGCGACCCCCGCCUUCGCCCCUCUCCCCCAUCACGCAUUUCCUUCUAACUCCACAUUCUGCGCCGCUUAUCCCCCAGGCACCUCCGAGCACGUCGCUAUUCACACGCGUUAUGUCCGCCCUGAAGAACAACGCGCCCUCACACUCUUAUUCCUUCACGCUCUCACCAAUUCCACCUCUGCAGCCUCCCGUCACCAGCCCAGGCGGCCAGCGCAACGCUCCGACGCCGACGCCAAUACCUCUCCUGACCUUCCACGACCGUACGCCUGUGUGGACUGUGCGGUCAAGUUCCGGAUAUAUUGAGGUAGACAGGACGCAGGUACGAAUGCUCGGUGUGGACACGAGCUUCUAUGUCGCCGUGGCCUUGACAUACUUCGAGUUCCUAGAGGAGAAGGAGAGCGUGGAAGACGAAUGGGAUCGCCCAGGCGAGGAGAAGAACAAUCUGAGACGAGAACAGUUAGCGGCCGACACCGCGCGGCAUGUGCCAAGACCAGCGAUGGCACGUACAAACAUCAGCAUCGCAACGCGGGGAUCUUCCUUCUUGUCGGUCUUCCAAAUCCUCCUCGCCGCGACAUGGAGAGCGUACAACAACAUGAUCUUCAAUUAUAGGACAACUGAAAGAUGGAUCGUGCUUCUCGAGUCCUUCGGAUUAGGGGGUCUGGAUUUGUCCCGUCAGCAGCGAAGGGAGUGGCAUGAAGUACACGACAAACAUACAGGGUAG